AUGAAAAGACACCAAAGCUUAACGGCUUACUCUGUAACCGGAUCUCAAUUAUCAUUAACUCUAGCACAAGGAGCUGGUUUAUCAAUAACUAAGACAGACUUAGAUAUUUCAUUUGAAGGAGCUGAUUGCACAAAUAUUCAAUUCUCCACCUUCACAUCACCUUACUCAAUCACUUGUACUUUAGAAUAAUUGAAUUCAUAAAACAUUAAGGAAGCUGGUGAUAAUUAAGUGCCAGCUGUACAUCAUAAAGCAAUUGGUUUCUCUAAAAUUGAAGCAGGAGUAACUGGAGAAAAUAUUGGUUUGGUUAUAUCUUCAAUUUUACCAGCAACAGGAUCACCAGAUGGAGGCACAACUAUUACUAUUACUGGUACUGGAUUCCCUAAAAAUCUAAAUAGAGAUUUUACAUUCUAAAUUGAUGGCUAAGAUGUUCAUCCAUUAUCAAUUACUAAUACCUAGAUUAUUUUUGUUACACCAAAGAAAGCAAGUGGGGGAACUGGAGCAAUUUCCUUAUCAUUCAAUGAAAAAACAGUCACUAGUAGCUUAUUUUCAUACGAUGAUGCUUUAAGAAUCUAAGUGUAAUCCUUAGAAUUCAAUUCAAAAACUCCAGUAUUCAAAGGUGAAAUGACAAUCACAGGAACCAAUUUCGGAACUGUUGUUGAUGAUAUCAAAGUUACCUUAGUUGGAUCUAAAUCUUAUAAUGCUAAAGUUAUUUCUGUAACAGAUACUUCAAUUCAAGUAUAUUUAAGAGGAGGAAUGCCUGGUGACUAUAGAGUUACUAUUACUAGAAAAAAUUAUGGUAAUUCAUAUGCCAAUUCGAAUGAUAACUUAUUUAAAUACAUCAUUCCAGUCACUAGUGUUACCUUGGAAGAUGGUACUAGCUAAGCAAAAGGAUCAGAGGCAGGAGGAACAGUUAUUAAAAUAACAGGAUCCAACUUUGUUUUGGGAGAAACCAUUGUAUUUGUUGGUCAGGCUAUUAAUUGGUUCUGUGAAAUUGAUGAAACUAGAUUUACAUCUGAAGUCAUUUAUUGCACCGUUCCACCAAAAUUUGAAUACUAUAACUAAUAAGCUUAGUUAGUUGUUGUAACAGUACAAGUAACUCUUGAAUCAACAUGUCUUGAUACCACAAAUAAUUGCUUAUUUACUUAUGAUAAUACAUUAACUCCAACAAUUGAAAACUAUCCAGCAUCCAGCACUUAAUACACAGGAUCAAGAAUUUUGACAGAGUCUGAUCAUUAAAAACCAGAUUAUUAAAAAUUAGUCUAGAGAAAGAGAUUUUUAUGGACAGAGGAAUCAAAGAAAUAAGGCCACAAUCAUAUUUUGAACCUUGGUAAAUCACCAAGAAGAGAUAUGUUAUCAUCUGCUGAUUUAGUUUUAAGUUAAUAAAAGACCUAUGCCCCAGGAGAUACAGAAACAUUAUCUGGAACAGGAUUAACAGAUACAGUUUUUAUUGUUUUCAAAGGUCCAGUUACCUAAAAAGUAACUGCAACAAUUUCUGGAUCAUCAUUCACUUACACAAUUCCAAAUUUACCUUAAGGAUAAUUUAAAACUUAUGUUUUAACUAAGAAUGGUUAUGCAGAUAAGAUUUGGGUUACUGUAAUUGGACUAAAAAUCACAUCUAUUGAUACUGCUGUUAUUGGUGGAUAAGUAUUGACAAUUAACGGAGUUGGAUUUAAUGCGGAUUAAUCUGCAAGUGUAAAAGUAGGAACAACAGACUGUACUGAACUAUAAGUAGUCUCAACUGUUUAAAUUAAAUGUAGACUGGCUAGACAAUCAGCCACAUCUGCAGCAGUGACACUCUCACAAUUACCUUCUGAAAAUAAUUCAGCAGUUCCUAUUACAGCAACAUUUACUUUGACUAUAAGCCCAUCUACUAGCUCUCCAUUAUUCACAGCAAUUACUGGUGCCUCCUAUGACUCUACCCAAAAGGCUUACUUAGCUACAGCAGGAAAUGUUGUUCUUGUAUUUGCUGGUAGCAGACUUACUGGCACUACAAUUGUAGUCACAUUAGAACAUAUGGGUCAUAAGAUAGCUGGAACAUCUUCAGCUUUAUCUGAUACCUCAGUAACAACUACCUUUUCAAAUUUAGCUGCAGGAGUUUAUUCAAUUAAUUUGUUAGUUGAUAAUAAAUAUGCAUACAUCAGUGAUGUUACUAAAUAAAAAUUAAUUGUUAGUGCUGCUGCACCAACUUCUACUAAUCCAUAAGUAUCCUAUGCUGGUGGUGCUACUGUUACAUUUACAGGAACUGGUUUCGAUACAGUAAAUGAAUAAAAUUCAGUCAAACUGUGUGGAUUUGAUUGCCCAAUUACAAGUGCAACAUACACAACACUAUCAUGUGAAACUCCAAAAUUAUUGACAUCUUCAGUUUUAAGUUAAUAUACUGCUUUAUCAGAACCUGCAAGAUAUAUUAAACCAUCAGAAGUCACAUUAUUAGCUGAUUCAACAACCUCAGUUUCUAAAUUCUUUGAUUUACUCUAAUCAACUUAUUAUACUUCUAGUGCUGCUUCAAAUUGUUAUGUCUAAGUUGACUUUGGAUCAAGUAGAGUUUUGAAAUUACAUUAAUUAAGAUACAUGCCAAGAAUUGACAAAUAAGCAAUUUUAUUGAAAGAUGCAGUAUUCUAAUAUACAACUGAUGGCACUAAUUGGUAGACUUUGUUAACUGUUGAUUAAACAGUGCAUACAGGUUGGAACAUUUAUGUUCCUUAAACUGAUAUCUCAGGAAUCAAAGCAGUCAGAUUGUUUGAUUCAAGAGGAUCAACUGGAUCAUCAUGCUAAUUAGCUGAAAUUGAAUUGAAAGGUUGGAUAUUGUCAAAUAGUAAUAAUGCAUAUUCAGUUCCAACUUCAUGUAAUGCAGAAAUCUCAGUAAAUGGAUAAUCUCUUGGUACAGUAUCAAAUGCUGUUAGUUACUCCUCAUCUAGUGUUCCUAUUGUUAAUGCUGUCAGUCCAGCUACAGGCAGAUUUACAGAAGAAGCAGUUAUUACAAUUACUGGUACUGGAUUUGUAAAUGGAUAAACUACAGUAACUAUAGAUGGAGUCACAUGUGCAAUUUAGAGUGUUUCAACAACCUAAAUUGUCUGUAAAACUGGAGUCAAAGAUCUAGAAUAAACUCAAUUAAAUGGACAGUUAAUAACAAAUAAUUCAUUUAUGCAACCAAAUGGUCAGAUAUCAAUACUUGGGGGUGGAUAUGAAUAUCCAGGAGAUGGAGAUUCAGUUAUUGUUAAUGCUGGAUAAACUUUGAUUGUUGAUGUUAAAACUCCUAAGAUGAUGCAAGUCUUAGUUGAAGGAACACUUACAUUCUCUGAUGAAGUAGAUACAUCUUUGGAUGCUCAUUUUAUUGUUAUUAGAGAAGGAAAAUUCAAUAUAGGAACAGAAUUAGUGGCUCAUUAACACAAUGUAUAGAUUACCCUAUAUGGAGUUGAAGAAGAUACUUAAAUGCCUGCUAUGGGUAACAAAGUUUUGGGAUGCCAUCAAUGUUAAUUAACUAUUCAUGGUAAAGAAAGAACUCCAACUUGGACAUUAUUAUCAAGUACAGCAUCAGUUGGAGCAACUCAAAUUACAGUAGAUGAUGCAGUAGACUGGUAAGUUGGAGAAUAAAUUGUUAUUACUUCCAGUGAAGUUGAACACAUGCAAAGUGAAAAAAGAUACAUUACAGCAGUUAGUGCUGAUAAAAAGACUUUAACUCUUGAUUAACCACUUACUUAUCAACAUUAUUCAGAUGUUGAAACUUUUGAAACCGAUUCAUUCCCUAUGAAAGUUGAAGUUGGUUUAUUGACUAGAAAUAUUGUUAUUCAAGGUGAAUAAUCAGAAUUGAAAUAUGGUUAUCAUUUGAUGAUUCAUGGAAGAGCUGAGAAAGGAGCCGUUGGUAAAAUAUCAUAUGCAGAAUUCAGAUAUGGUGGUUAACCAAGAAUUAUUGGUAGAUAUCCAGUUCAUUUCCACUUGAAUGGAGAAGUAGAUGAAUCAUAUGUUGUUGGUAAUGCUAUUCAUGAUUGUUAUGCUCGUUGUUUGACUAUUCAUGGUGUUCAUUAUUUGAAAGUUUAGAAGAAUGUAUGCUAUAAUACUUUUGGACAUGCCAUAUUCUUUGAAGAUGGUAUUGAAACAAACAAUGUCGUUGAAGAUAAUCUUGUUGCAAGCACCAAAUAAAGUUGGAUCAUGUUAUAAACUGAUAUUACAGUGGCUACUUUUUGGGUUACAAAUCCAUAGAAUAUUGUAAGAAGAAAUAGAUCAGGAGGUUCAGAAUGGUAUGGAUUUUGGUAUGAAAUUAAAACCAAUCCAGAUGGUCCAUCAGCUACUUCAGAUAUUUGUCCUCCAGGAUUAAAUAUACUUGAGUUUAAGGACAAUUUUUCACAUUCAAAUGGUAGAUUUGGUCUUCGUAUCUUCUAAUUGGCCCCAAGAAAGUUCCCUUGUAACGAUCCAGCUAAUUGGUCAAAUGAUUAGCCAUACUUAGAUAACCCAAGUAUUUAAGCAGUUUUCGAAAAAUUCUAUACAUGGAAAAAUAAUGAAUGUGGUGUUUUAGGAGAAGAAUUGGGUAACAUCUACUUCAAGGACAUUAUGAUUGCUGAUUCCAAAUUUGCAGGUUUCUAGGCUCAUAAAGGUAACUUCUCAACUGAAGGAGCAGUCUUGGAUAAUGCAGUAAUCAUUGGUAAAUCAAAUCAUAAUGCAAAUCCAGAUGAUACUUACUAUGAUGGAUCAAGAGCAAUGGUAGUUCCAAGAACAAAUGGAUUUUUAGCUAAAAAUAUCAGAAUUUAUAAUUAUGGAAGUAAUACCUGCUUUAAUUGA